AUGGAUGUGCAAGUGAUGGAUGCAUUUGUGAAUCCACGGAUAUCUAAACGAACGUCUGAGAUGGGAGUCACUAACAGUUACGGAGUGAUCUUUGCUUGCACUUGUGGCAUCAUAGUGGGCAUCGGUUUCUGCGCUAACCUGCUGGCCUUUUCUCUCUUCGUCAAACACAAGAGCCUCCGUAAAAACCGCCUGGACGUUCUUCUCCUCAGUAUGGCUCUGGCCGACUUCCUCAUGCUUCUCCUGAUUCCCUUCACCGUCCACUCGGCAGUCAGUUUCUCCUGGCCUCUGGGCAACACGUCCUGCAAGGUCUAUCAGUUUCUGCAGGCAUUCUCCCUGGCCGCCAGUACGUAUUCCCUGUGCACCGUAUCAAUGGUUCGCGCCAUGAUCAUCACCAACCCCUACCGCCCUCCAACCAUGGAUCUGGUGGUGUUCAUGUUUAUUUUGGUCUGGGCCUUCAGCUUCUUCAUAAGUCUGCCUUUGCGUAUUUUCGCCACUAAGGACAGCCUAGACCCAGGUUUGAGUAACUCCACCGUUUGUUUGCCCACUACCCAGGAACAUCAUUACCAGGUUGUUCUCAGCCAAUUUGUGCUUUUCUAUUUCAUUCCGAUGCUGGUUAUCGCCGUCAACUCAGCGCGUAUGGCUUUUUUCCUACACAAGAGACCCGUUAUGUCCUUCGCCAGCGCCCGGAACACACGGCGGGCGUCUCUCAUGGUGUUUUUGGCGGCCGGGACGUUCUCCUUGUGCUGGCUGCCAGGGUACGUUCUAGAGCUGUGUGUGUAUUUAGGACUUUACCGGCACGGGCGCCCAUGGGAGAUGUUCCAUUUCACCUGCACGGUUCUCCAGUAUCUGCACCCCUGUGUGAACCCCGUCCUCUACGUUCUGCUGUCCAAACGCUACAGGCGCAAGAAAGAUUGGCUGUUCAAAUGCAAUAGGAAACGCGUCCACCCACAGGUCAUUAGCGUGAUGGAGAGUUUCUGA